UUGGUGGCUCUCUCACGGCACGGACGCGGAUCUGCAGACACUCGGAGUGUGACCAGGUGACUCGCGCAAAAUAGGCAAGAGAACAGUGAUAAAGAAUGUCUCCAGUGUGUGCUAUUUGAAUGCAAUUGGUGGCAGAGAGUGUGCAGUGAAAUUCGCAGGAAUCGCUCGCGCACUGUACAGUUAAGCAGCGACUGCAGACGUGCGGAAUAAGUAAUUUCCUCCGGACUCUUUGAUACAGUUACAACAGAUACACUCGAGGCUUGAGCACGCAUUGAAAGUUCAAAUGUUGCCGAUGGCAAUGAGCAGAAAAAUUGUCCAGCAAGCUCGAGGGUGAGCAUGACUAGAUUGUGUUCUGCAUGGAGCAGCACUUUUAUGUGAAUUUCAUACCAAAGGCCUAAAAUUUACUCAAAUGGAACCGCAAGAUCUCGCAACAGCGAAUUUGAUCAUAAACGAGCUUCGUUCUAAAUGUCGUCUGCAGGCUGAACAGAUUUUGGCGUGGAAGAAAGCUUACACUUAUGAGGUGGAGGUGAAUUGCAGAAGCAAGAAGGCACGCAAUGAUCAGAUCAACAUCCUAACGAGUCAAUUAAUCUUGCUGGAGUCACGGUUAAUAAAGAAGCAGAAACAAAUAUCAAAUCUACUAUGUCAACGGGAGCAGACAAUUCAUCGUCAGCAGAAAUUUAUAGAUUCGCUGUGCUCUCAGCUGAGCGAGCAUGGUCUGGAUAUUCCAGAUGCAUGCUAUAUGAACUUGGAUUCGCUCAACGACUCGGAUUCGGCCGUUGUGCUGGAUGACAUUGAUUCAGACUGCAACAGCUCGAUUAUCAUGAAGCGAAAGCCGUAUCCUUCGGACGUGACAGUGGUGCGAUCGAUAUCGGAUGCCAUUGAGACAAAUUUGAAAUAUUCAUCUGGCCGCCGCAGCAACUGCUACUUGAAGAGGCCCGACAUUUUGGAGACUGUGUACAGCGUCGAGGAGGACUCGGAGCCGAAUCAGGCACCGACCAACAAUGUGUCGGAGAAGCGGGAUAAGUUCAAGAGUCGCUCUGAGAAGAUUAUCGGUGCCGAUGAUGAGAAUAAUGCAGAGUCAAUUCAUGCGAAUGUGGAUAAUUUCAACAAUAACUGCAACACCGGCGCAACGGCCGGCAAACCAUCGCCCGUAGUCAAUUACAAUAGAGUCAUGCUGAAUCAUAGGUCAAUUACACGCCCCAAAGAUGUCAAAUACAAGCGGAUUAACAAGGCGAAGUCCAAGAGUCUGGAGGAGCUGCGGGACAAGCUGAAGCACUGGAUCGACCGCGGCACGAGUGGCGAGCACUUCCAUCAUCAUUGCCCCGAAAGCACGGGAUCGCAGAGCUACGCCUGAUCCGCGAGUCCUCGUCUGGAUUCACAUCGCAGACGAUUGCAGAGUGUGUAGGAGAAGAGCACCCGCCUGAUGCUAAAGCACCACAAAACUUUUUGAUGAUGUAAACUUUACUAUAUAGACUGUAUAAAGUGCACCUCUUCCAACGCACCUUUACCAUGUAAUUUCACAGAUGAAUUUAAGACGGAUUGUACAUAUAAAGAGACAGCUGUGCACACUUUCGUGCACGCAUGUUGUACAAUAUUUAUCUCUUUGGGCUUCUUGGGCAGUUCAUGUCUGUUAGAAAAAAAAGAAAUUGUAACAACAUCCCAAAAUGUCAAUUGAUGAAAAACCCAAUUUUGGCUACAACCAAUAUUUCGUAACUGCCUUGAGGGAUUUCCUAUCAAAUUUAAUUGAAUUGCUCACUGAAAAACGCAAACUUUAAUAUCAUUUUGCUCAAUGUGAACACAUAAAGUGAAUAAGAACACACCAAUUAUAAGUAACUAAAACAUAUUAAAAGAUUAAAAAACCAUGUUGUUUCAAGAAAACAGGUUAAUUAUCAAAGUAUAUUGUUAAAGCAGAAAAAAGGUAAAAUAUAUGUGAAUUGAGAAAUUUUGUGAAGACUAGAGACAAUCAGAAUUUAAUGUAAUCCAAUAAAUUUUCCCCUAUUCAAGUAAAAUGCACUUAAGCAAUUGAGAAUUGUUGAAAUUUUUGAGUGAACAUGAAGCUUUACACACUAUCGAUUUGUUGACUUUAAGUGAUUGUAUAAACAUUUUGGCAAUUUGCGGAAUUUCCAAUUAAUUCAGGCAAGUUUUUUAAAACAUAAUUUCGAGAUAACAAUAUAAAACUCUUCGUGAUAUUUUGAAGUUGAUAUUUAAUUGAUAUACAGAAAAGAAGAAGAACUUUAUAUAAUAAACUUAUUGUAUCUCUUAUCAUAUAUGUAUUUCAUAAAGUUUACUCUGUGAGACUAAUAAAAUUUAUGAAUAGCUAGAACAUGGAUUGUAAUGAGACAGCUCUCAAUUAUCACUUCAAUUCAAGUUUAAUUGCACCUCACUUUCGCGUCCUUCUUGUGAUUAAUUUGACUAAUUAGUUUAUAUUUCGUAUUACAUUUUUCCAAACACGGCGAAAAGCAAUUUCUCAUUGUCUUUCUGGCCGUGGAACAAGAAAAAGCAAGUACCUAAUUAUGCUGUAAUUUAAUUUAUUUUGUAUAUAAAGUAAGAGAAUAUUUAAUAUAUUUUCGGAUUGGCAUUAAAUGCUCUGUAAGAUGUAAUUUUUUUUUAUUUUCAAAACUGAUGCAUAGAAUUUAUACUGUAGAGCGAGAUAUAAUUUAUAGUAAUUUAUUUUACUACAAACACUAGAAGAGCGUUAAGAACGUUAAGAAGCAGUGAAAUAAAAAUGCUUAACUAUAUAUCAGUGUCGCAAAGGAAGGCACUUGAGUAUUUUCUUUCCAAUCCACACACACGUUGAGGUUUGCGAUAAGAAUAUGGCUUUCGGGGUGAUUUGCUGGCUGUGCAAAAUUGAUACUGUGUGCGCUGGAUGAUAUCGUGGGAUACCGAUAAGGAGAAUGUCUGAAUUCACUGGGACAUGACAGUGCAAACGGCGGAACACGAGAGGAGAAGUAAUUGCAGUGAAUUCCGCAAUUACA